AUGCCAGGACUCAUCGAUGUACAUGUUCAUGCCAUCGGAGGUGGUGGAGAACAAGGUCCGUAUUCUCGAACUCCUGAGAGCCGUUUAUCUCAAUUGAUAAGAGGUGGAUUAACAACAAUUGUUGGAAUACUAGGAACCGAUGGUAUUACGAGAAGUCUAUCAGCGUUAUUACAAAAAAUGAAAAGUCUGGAACAUGAUGGUCUUUCGACCUGGAUGUGGACUGGUAGUUAUCGUAUUCCAAUCGUUACACUCACUGGAUCACUUGAAAAAGAUUUACUCUUCAUUGAUAAAGUCUUAGGAGCUGGUGAGUUAGCGCUCAGUGAUCAUAGAUCAAGUUGGCCAUCAAAAUCUGAACUUGAACAACUACUUAGUGAUGCACGAGUCGCUGGAAUGCUUAGUGGAAAACCAGGUGUAAUUCACUUUCAUAUGGGUUCAGCUCCAACAAAAAUCGAUUUGCUUUGGCAAAUUUUAAAAGAAACAGUCAUUCCAAUUCAACACAUGUAUUUGACUCAUGUUUCAUCACGUGGAGAUGCUCUGAUUGAAGAAGCCAGAAAAUGGAUCAAAGCCGGUGGCAUGUGUGAUUUUACUGCUGAUGCCGAAACGCUCAAUGAAACAGAAACAAUCAAUACGUUGAAUAAGUUUCGAGCAGAGAACUUACCAUUGAAACAAAUUACAGUAUCCAGUGAUGCUUACGGAUCAUUGCCUGAAUACGAUUCUUCGGGUCGCUUAGUGUCCUAUAGCAUGGGUCUUCCAGAUGUAACUUUGAAAACAAUACAAAAUUUAGUAUUGAAAUAUUCAUGGCCUAUCGAAGAAGCGAUCCAAUUUUCAACAUCAAAUCCAGCAACAUACCUCAAUUUGAAAGGCAAAGGCUUUUUGGCUGAAGGUUAUGAUGCCGAUGUUCUUGUUCUGAAUCAAACGGACUUGACACCGUUGUAUGUCAUCGGAAGAGGACAAAUAUUGAAAACACCAACAUGGGUAAAACAUGACAUGUUCGAAGAUAUUAAUGAAUAA